AGAGAGUCGCAGAGAUUGAGAGAGAGUUUGGAGCUGCAGCUGGUCGGCACCCAAGUGGAGGAGGCCUUGGCAGGGGACGGACAGGCCGCGCUUAUUCAACAUUUGGAUUUUGCAAUCGGAGCCCUGGAAGCGUUAAUGCAUCAUGUACGCUCAUUGCAAAUCUCCCACGUGGCAGCCCAUCGGGUCCUCGACCUAUCUCAACAGCUUGUCCUUCCUUUUCCCGGGAAAAGUGUCGACUUUGCCGCUCUACUACAACAGGCGGAAGCUCGCAAGGAGAACAGACUGUUACUCCUUCGAGAGGCGAUGGAGAACUGCUCGAAAAACGUCGCCAUUUCCAAACAACUGCAAAACGCUAUGGAGGACCACAGGACGAGAAAGGAGAACUUCCAAAUCGCCGCCAGGAACUUUAAGAAUUUACUGGUCAACUCGAAACUCUCCAUUUCGCAGAUGGAGAAGCUGCGCCGUCAGUACGAUGAUAUCUUGAGGGAAUACCAGGAAAGUAGACGCGUUUUAGAUCUGGAAUUGCCGAAAGUCGUAAGGACGUACGUUCUCGUAAUAUGGCGUCGCCUUAAGGUGAAGUGAAACACCCUUCAAAUCAGUCGAUUCGAAUACAACACU